AUGUAUGGUCUUUGGGCGCACCAGGACUUGAAUCUUAUUGAGCCCGACCAAAAUGCUGAGCGAAUAUCUGUCAUAGACAUUCUAGAAGAUAUUGAGAUACAAACGGGAUUCGGCCCAUUAAGACCUGGGCACAUGACGAAGGAGUGGGAAGAGUAUAUCAUUGGAGUUGUUGAAGCAUAUCGAUUUCCCGCACAUUUGAAUGCGAGGAUCCUGGAUUUCGAGACCAGAGAAAGGGCACUCGAAGGAUUAAGAAAACUUUGGCGUCAAUGGCGCAAAGGCCAACGGUUCAGAGGUCUCCAAAGAGAUGGGUUUGAUCCCAAAAAUUAUAGAAAUAUUGCAGGGACAGCGGCAUACAAGAAAGUUAGGAAGUUAUGGAUCCUAAGUAGACAGGAUAGAAAUGAAGCGGUGGAAGAAGAUGUAGCUGCAUUCAAAUUGGCCAGAUUGGAUCCUGAGGGUGCUGCUGCUGCUGCCGCUGCUGCUUCAGCUGCAGCUUUUGAUCCAGGUUUUAAUCCAGAUUUUGCGCCAGCUUUCGAUCAUUCAGUUCCUGAUCCACCUUUCGCUCCUGCUGUUCCGGCUGCUCCUCCUGUUGGAUUUGAUCCUGGUUAUCCAUAUGAUCCUGCUUUCAUGCAUGAUCCUGCUAAUAAUGAGUUGCCAGGCAUUCGCGCUAGUAGAUUUGACUACAACAAUGAUGAUUUGGUCUGGAAUGCGCCUUUACUAGUUGUAGUUCCUGAUCCCGAUAAUCCCACCGAUUGCAGCCAACAUGAGUUUCACAGCUGCAAUCUCUCUGAGGCUUUGGCCGAUGACUCGCCUCUCAAUCCAGACUAUCUGAAAGACGACUUUGUGAGCUUUGAUGACAUGUGGAUAGACUGCAAGGGCCUUCAAAUCUUGACCCUCGUCAAUCGUCUGAUUGAUUUGGGAGCGAUGACGACGGAAGGCAGUGUCUGGUGGAGCUUUAGACCCUCACACCAAUGGAGAAUGAUGCUUAUGAAUGCGACUGAUCGAACACCCAUACUCACUGAAAAUGGAUUCCGGGAAAUUGUGCGCCGUACCUAUCAAGAGUUUUUUCCGUGGUAUUAUGGCAAGAGAAAUAGAGAUCGAGGUCCCACGCCAAAUGGACUUCGGCCUUGUUUUACAAUUUUUGUGGUACCGAACUCCCAAGAAUUCCCUAUAUUUAAUCUUCCUGGUGCACCUCCUGCAAUAGGCCCUGCAGCAGGCCCUGCACAGGGGUCUGGAGAUCCUCAUCCAGUGGAUCCUGCUUCCCCGGAUGCUUUUGAUGAGUUCAUUACUAUGCCAAGUAGUGGUAGUAGUCGAGAUUCUGGGAAGCGUUUCCGGCGUGGGAAUAGUAGUUCCGAAGAGAACUCUGGAAAGCGACGGAAUCCUCGAAGAUCUUCGAGGAACAAAAAAUAA